AGGUCCUGUCCAAAUGUCAGGAGGGGACAUGAGUCCAGGGGUGGUGAAACCGACCAAUCAGCAGGAAUGUAUGUCAUGCAAGAAGCCAAUCACAGACCGGUUUUUCCUCAAGGUAGGAGAGAGUAGAUAAUAAUAGCGAGAGUAGAUAUUGUCAUUAGGAGAGAAGGUACUGUCGGUGAAAGGGUAGAUACUGUCAUUGAUAGUAUCUAUUUACAUAGAGAGCGUAGCUAUUGUCAGUGAGAAAAUCUAUACUGUCGGUGGGAGCAGAAAUUUUCUUAGAGAGCUGUGAGAGAAUAGAUAUUGUCAUCACCACACACUUAAAUUAUUACAUAACUUUUUUCUCUCUCUCUCUCUCUCUCUCUCUCUCUCUCACUUCCGCAGUGCCUCGUGUAGGGUCCGUGUGUCGCUCUCACCAAGACCCGAGCAGGCCCGACCCACCGCACGCGCUGAAUUCCGCGGGCCGACUUUGCGGAUCCACCCGUUUACCUCUGGGCGGUUUCACGUACUCUUGAACUCUCUCUCUCUCUCUCUCUCUCUCUCUCUCUCUCUCUCUCUCUCGCUCUCUCGCGUUAUCUUCUAAUCAUAUUUGUAAACCACUAAAAAUCCACAAACCAGAAGUAGUGUUAGAACUUUUCAUUUAGACUCAACGCCUUGAGAUCUGCCUUCUUCCAGUUUGUGAUUGGUGAUAGCUUUACCGCGUAAACACUCGUCUUACCAUUCUUUUUCACACCUGUAUUUCUCACACCUGUUGUGCACCUUGCUCACACUUUAAGUCACGUCAGUGGCAGGUUUGAUCUGCUCUCCAUUACUGCCCCCCCCCCUCUUCCAGGGCGAUCUGUUCUCACCCCUCACCUUGGGUUAAAAAUGGCUUCCCUUUUACCUGUGGCUCUGUGAACCUGUUUCACACCUGGCAGUUAUAUUGUCUAUCAAAAAUGUCUUGGGAUAAUCUUCCUCUUUGGGCAAGUUUCUGGUGGUGCAGUUGAUGCAAGUUUCUGAUGGUGCAGUGAGGCGAGUCUCUGGUGGUGCAGUGAGGCGAGUUUCUGUUUCUGAUGGUGCCCUUGAAGCAAGUUUCUGGCGGUGCUCUUGAGGCAAGUUUCUGGUAAUGCCCUUGAAGCAAGUUUCCUGUGGUGCCAUUUAGGCAGGUUUCUGGUGGUCCCCCACACAUUUCUUCAUUGCAUCAUUAAAACUACAAAGAGUUGGGAUAUUGUGCCACUUUGGGCUACAAAUGAAAUUCAAUAACCAAAUGUGGUGCGCAUUGUUAUUUUCAGCUAAUUAGCAUUUCAUACUCACACUUGAUCUAAUUGACACUUGAUCUAAUUGACACUUGUUCUAAUUGACACUUGACCUAACUCACAAAUGAUCCAAUUCACAAUUGAUCUAAUUCACACUUGAUCUAAUUGACACUUGAUAUCACACAUGAUCUAAUUCACACUUUAUCUAAUUCACACUUUGUCAUUAGUGUUCACACAUCAUCUGGCAGCACCUUACCUCUAUGAACUCUCUAACACCCAUUGUAUUGCUCCCCAGGCCAUGGACCAGUAUUGGCACGAGGACUGUCUUAAGUGCUCCUGUUGUGACUGUAGACUGGGAGAGGUUGGGUCCACGUUAUUCAACAAAGCAAAUCUCCUCCUGUGUCGGAGGGACUACUUGAGGUAAAUCCCCUUUACAUCCAGCAUAGGGCACAUGCAGCGUAUGGCAUAGGGCAAAUCGAGCAUAGGACACUAUAGGGCUCAUAGGACACAUCCAGCAUAUAGGGCACAUUAACCAAUCACCAAUACCCCAGAGGAAUAAGGCUCAAAGGCAGACCCAGGCUUAGGUGGAUAGAUGAUGUAGAAAAAAGAUCUACAGCAGUUGAAAGUCCAAACAUGGAAAAGAAAUGCAUUAGUUAGGUCUGAGUGGAAGGAAGUGGUGGGGCAGGCCAAAACCUUACAUGGGCUGUAGUGCCACAGGGAUGGAUGGGGCGCAUGCAGCAUAUGGCAUAGGGCAAAUCGAGCAAAUAGGACACUAUAGGGCUCACAUGACAUAGGACACAUCCAGCAUAUAAGGCACAUUAAAAACAGAGCAGAUCCAGCAUAGGGCGCAUACAGCAUAGGGCAUAUUAAGAUAUAUCAAAGUGUCAUAAUUUUUCUUAUGUUUUUUAAAUUUAACAUUAUUUUCUAGCUCCAUUCAAAAUCGAUAGCAUUUAAUUGAGAGGAAAUUUUCUCCAAUUUAUUACACCAUAGAGAAAAACAAUUUCAUUGUUGUAAAAGUUGAGUUACAAAAUGUUUUUAUUUUUUUUUAAAAAGACAGUUUAUAUUAAUCCUGGCUUUCAAUUUAAGCAUUAACUAAACAUUUUGAUUUUGUAAGCAUUAGGUAUUCUCCAUCACAUAGUGAUUCAGAGUUUUGCCUGAUGACCCAUAGAUUCUUGUUCAUAUUCAUCAAUUCACCCUACACUCCAUGUCCCUCUCAUUAUCCAAUUAUCUGAGAAUGAACUUAUUCCCCACCCCCUCUCUCCUUCAUAUUACCCUCCACAUCCAUCGCAUCAAUCGUCCCCAGGUUGUUUGGUACGACGGGCUACUGUGCAGCUUGUAAGAAGAUGAUUCCAGCCUUCGAGAUGGUCAUGAGGGCCAAGAACAAUGUCUACCACUUAGAGUGCUUUGCCUGCCAGCAGUGUAUGCACAGGUGAGCUAAAGGUCAUAAGUCAUAAGUCUUGAUUCUUGUUAGGGGGGGAAGGGAGGCGGGAAGAAAUUGAGGAGGGUGCAUUUGGCUCCCACGUAAAAGUGGAGAGGGGUGGUCAGAAAAUGUGACCCACAGAGGGGACAUUUCAGGGUUUAAGUGUGGGGGGGGGGUGGAAUAAGCUAAGUGAGGGUUAAUGUAUUAACAAUAUCUCCUAACCCGAUUGUGUUGCAGAUCUAAAUUGUAUCAUUGGAAUGAAUUUAAAUUUUACCUUAAGUUAAAUAACAUUAACCACAUUCUUUAAAUAUACGGUGAUAUGAGUUUAACUAUUUUUUUUUAAAGAAAAUGUGUACAUUGGGGUAGAAUGGGGUGGGACAAUUGACUGUUUGUGUUGUUCAGAGGCGUGCAUAAAGUGUGCGGUGGGAUACAUGGAGGGGGGGGGGGCUAACAUCCCGGUGGACCUUUUAUUAAAGGUUACUACAAACUUAAUAAAAUAUUUGUGUGGGGGGAGGGAUGUGGGUUGAGCUUUUUUUAAUUUUGCCCCAUGCAGCGUAAGUAACGCCACAGUAUGGCUGGGCGUAUUUUAUAAGUAGAGUUUAGCAUAGUAAAAUUUUAAAGGUCAAAUAUUUUUACAUGACGGGAAUUGAUAUAAUCGAUCAUUUUAAAACUAAUGAAAUAAUGUAUAUAACCUUUGUCUAAAAAAAACACAUUUCAAGCAUAGGAAAGACCAUGUGUGCGUAUUUAUGUGGAUGACUACAUCUUCAAACCCUAUGUUAUUAAAUUCACGAAAAAAGAAGUUUUAGAUUUUUCUUUUAAAAUUAAUAAAUCACAUUAUGUGUUAUGCCAAUGUCCAAAAAUACAGUUCAGUGGCGGAGACACAUCAUGGGCACAUUUACAUACGUCAACACAUAUCGAUACCGCCAAACUCAAUGAAGUUGGAUUGGGGGGAAAAUAGUGGAUGGGAUUUUCUUUAAAACUAAUGACAUUGAGAUUUGUUUCCCCCAAAGAUACAGCUCAGGUGCAAGAAUAAUUUUGUUUAGUUCCCGUAAAUAAAGAUCAGGUUCCUGAACGAUGAUGAGUUAAGAUUUUUCUGUAAAAAUAAGAAAUGAUUUGUUUUUCCAAUUUGUUUGACAGGUGGGGGUAAAUUUUCAUGAGAUUAAUCAUUCCCUUUUUUAAGAAGCAUGGUGUUGCAGACAAGAAAAUGGGUCAAGAUAUUUUUUCUAUAGAUACCCCGGUAUAAAAAUUCUGUGUUUUACAGUUUUCCGAUAAUAUGGUUCAGGAGCCAGUAAAAUGGUUGGGUGUAUUUUUAAGGAAGAUACCAAUUCAUCAAACAUCUGUUAACAUUACAGAUAUUUAAAAUGAUAAAUAUAUAAUUUUUUAAAAAAUAUAUAUUUGAAUUUAAGAACAUGUAUAUAUUAAUUUUUUUAGAAAAUCUGUUUUCAAUGUAGUUCAGGGGCGUGUGCAGGGAUUAGGUGGGGUUAUAUUAUAUAGAAAUAGAAGAUAAACAUUGUUUAAAAUUCAAUGAUGUUGGAAAUAUCUAUUUUGUAAAUAGAUACUUCUUUAAAAAUAAGGAAAGUCUGAUUUACUAUUUCCAUAAUAUGCAUGUCAUUGGUUUGGAAAAUUGCCGUAUUUUUUAUUUUGAGGAUAUGAUACAUCAAAACCCAAUUUGGUUAAAUAUGUUUUAAAAAAUGGAUUUUUAGAUGUUGACACUUGGCAGUGGCAUGUAGAAACGAGCACAAUAUGACUUUCAUUAGAACCCCGGUAACACUGGGUCAUAUCUUCUGGUAUUAUUUAUUGAUAGAUUUGUAAAGAUAAUAGUUAAUUUAAGACCAAUGCUGAUAUUACAACCAGACCAAUAAUUUCUACACUAACCAUUGUUGCUUGCAGGUUCUGUGUGGGGGACAGGUUCUACCUGGCCGACAACAAGAUCCUGUGUGAGUUCGACUACGAGGAGAGGAUGAUGUUUGCAAACUUAGGCAGCAAUAUCAACCAUUCAGGCAUUCCCAACGGGCUUUCUAAUGGCUGUGGGGGGCCUAAUGGCGCCCCCGGAGGAGGGGGAGGUGGCGGCGGUGGUGGGAAUGGCAUGAGUGGAGGAGGCAUGGGACAUUACGGGUACAGUGGCUACAACGCCCUAACCCAGAUCAAGAGGCAGACGCAGAGCUUGAGUGAUGAUGUGUCCAGUGGAUAUGGGAGCCCAUCGCCCAGUUCCUUAUGACAAUCCGUUCACACGUCUGUUGUUAAAUGAGAGAGACUGGAGGGAAGGGGGUGGGGAAACAAAUAUCACAUUGCUCAUAUGCUAGUAUGGUUGAAGAUUUCUGUCACUGUUUUGUUCAUAGUUUUAUGAGGCUCAUUGGUGUGAGUGAGCGAGCUUACGCCAGGCAACAAUGUAUUCUCGCCCUUAACCCAGGGCUUAGUGUGUGUAGGGCAUGCAGUUGUCUGGUGGCAGGGCUGGGGGCAUGCCAGAUAGGUAGUUGCCCUUGUGCACUAUUUUCAAGAAGGCG